AGCCCAUCAUCCGCUUUACUAUCUCAAUCCCAAACAUCAAGAAGCUGAAAAUAAUCAAGGAGAAAAUGUCGUCAAGCGCUUUGGAUAGGUUUGUGGUUCGUUAUGGGGAUAUUCUGGAUCUGCUAAGGGAUUUUCAGUUGGCUCCAACCUUGGAAGAGAUGGAUGCUAUGCUAGGAUUUUCAAGGACUAAAAAGGAAUUUUACACAGGAAUUGGGAAAGAAGUUGAGAUUUCUGACUUGGCCAAAGCCUUAGGAGUACCCGCUACGGAUUUAGAAUCUAAUUACAAGAAUGAUGGUGAUGUACAUGGGAUUAAGAGAUCUUACUUAGAGUCUCAAGCUAUGUGUUAUGCUCAAAAGAAACAAUGGGACAUUUGCGGACAUUUGCGGACAUUUUUUGGCUCUUUUAAUUUUUGGUGUUGUUUUAUUACCUAA